GUUGGACCGAAUGUGGGUGACUCGAGAGGCUCUUCGAAAGAUCCAAGCGUUCGCCAAUAGCUUGGGCCUCUUCUCUUCUCCUCUUUAAUCUAACCCAUACGGCAUGGUUGAUUUGCCAUUCGAGCCCCGCGUCUCCUCGAACCUGGGCCUCGGAUGGGGCCGUUGUUGCUGAUAAACACACGCGUUGAGAAUUGGCAAACCGUAUUUAUAGACGUUGAAUGGACGCAUACGGGCAGGUGACUUAUACACGUCGAAUAAUUUGUUUCGUGUAUAUCAAAUUAUAACCACACGGGUCUCGACACUGAUGUUCAAGUUAACGGUUAAAGAAUUCGUUUCGCACUACAAGUUAGACAGACACUGUACUGAUACAGGAUGUGGUCUGGCAACAGAACUUCAAAGACGCAAGAAGCUAAGCCCCGUCUUUACCGUCCUUGUGAUCCGACCCAACUGGAUAUAACCACUUGUAUUUGGACCAUGAAUUACCGACAAAUCUCUCGGACGGUAUCCUCAAAGGAGACUUGCAAGAAGCGUAGGAUGGCUGUUUCCGAGCACAUAGGAGGUGCAUGUGAGAGCGAAGAAGCGAUGAACAAACUUUGUAAUACCUACUUAAUUAGACUUGGAUAUCGCGACUACGGUGCUUACAGAAGUCUCAAGCUAGCCGUGGACUUGAAGGUUGUCCAGUACCACUGUAAGUAGAUCCUUCGUUACACUUUUUCAGAGAACCAUUAACAACUCGUGCUACGUUAUUCGCUGUAAUUAAUCGCUCAAUCAAGGAUCAAUCCUUCCGGACUUGG